AUGGCGUUGUCAUCCACUCGCUUGGCAUUCCUGGGUUUCUCCAACCUUGUGCUGAGCCAGGCAGUGCAGUGCAUUUAUCCUCAUGGCGAGUGUUACGAACUCAAAUUGCAAAAAUGCAAUGGUUCUACGUCGUGGACACUGCACGGUUUGUGGCCCGAAUGGCAAAAUGAAUGUGAAGGUCCAGACUUUGAUGAAAACGUGUUGAAAGACAUUCAUGACGAGAUGGAAAAAAAAUGGCCUUCUUGUCCAGAAUAUGGAGAGUCUGAACAGGAAUUCUGGAGUCACGAGUGGAAAAAACAUGGGACAUGCUCUGGAAUGGGACAGCUGGAGUAUUUCAAGAAGGCCUUGCAGAUGCGUGAUGAGUACAUGAACAAAUGCUCCAAGGAGGGCAAUCUCCUGGGAUGUUCAGUCUGCUUCGGCAAGAAUCUGACAUCCCAGGAGACUUGUGUAGGAAAAACUACCUUGAUCGUGAAGUUCGUGGAUGAAAUUGUCAAAACCGACAAGUUCACGUCGACAUUAGGCAUUGACUACAAGACAAAGAUGCUUUGGAUGAGAGGAAAACGGGUGAAGCUGCAGAUUUGGGACACAGCGGGACAGGAGCGUUUUCAAACGAUCACGCAACAGUAUUACAGAAGCGCCAUGGGCAUACUGAUGGUCUAUGAUGUCACAUCUGAGGCCUCUUUUGAGAACAUCGCGCGCUGGAACGAUCAGAUCUCCAAGCAUGCAGACAAGGAAGUGCAAAGGAUACUUGUGGGCAACAAGGCGGAUGCUGAAGACAUUGCUGUCUCCCUUAGUAGGGGCCAGGAGCUCGCCGAGAAGUAUGGAAUCCCAUUCGUGGAGACUAGUGCAUAUUUGGGUGAGAACGUCAACGAGGCACGCAUGGUUGCGAUCUGCUUGGGACAAGGGUUGACCAUGGAGUUGUCAGAAAUGCAGCUGCAACCCCUGCAGGAUGAGCCCUUUAUUCCGGAUUCCCUCAGCCUUUUGAAGGACAGAUGGGCCAGCAAAGCAAAGGGCCUGCUGCGUUCGGCAGUGAGAUCUUUCCAGCGGAUCUCAGGCGCCCUUCGGGUUGCGGCUGGAUUGCUGACACCAGCAGUGCUUCAGUUCAACCUGGGCAUUGCGGCGGCUUCACGUGCCAAUGGAAAGCAGAAUGGCCUGCCAGAGAACCCUCACCACGAUCGCAUAUCUCGAGAAGCGAUCGACGAUCUGCACGAGGUAAACUUCAACAAGGAACCCACGCGCCUGUGGGGUCAAGUUAAGGCAACGAAAUAUGGGGGAAUCGAACGAAUCGAUGGUGUCAGCACCCUGUGGACUGCGGGUGACUACUGGAACGUGGAUAGCAACAUCAUGAAGUGGGGCAAGCAUGAGGUCCGUCGCAAUGGGGCCUGUGCCAAUCAUGAUGUGCAUCGCCAUGAUCAAAUUACCAAACUGGUCCUGCCUCCCAAGCCAGGAGAUACGCGUCCACUACGAUAUUGUGUCAGCGGCGUUGUUUCUCCAGACUGCUGUUUUUUGGAGGCGUGGGGUUUUGAUUUGGGUCUCCGUGACCGGCAAGGUAACAAUACAACCCUCUGGAAACCAGCGGGGAGUAAUGAAAUGGCCUGGAAGCUCAGUCUGGAUGCAGAUGAAGAAGACCUAUGA